AUGUAAACUUGGGAUUCUGAAUUACCAUAAACUAUGCAAAAGAAAUUAAGUUUAUUAUUAGAACAACGUUAAAACCUUUAACAAUAAGAGAAUCAAUUGAAAUAAAAGGAUAUACUCUUUAUUCAUAAAAAAUCACUAUGCAAAUUACAAAAUCAAAAUUAACAGACAGUUGAAACUCUUCUUGAUAAUGAAAAAAGUGAAUUAAUCAAUAUUUUUGAUUAAGAAUUGAUCAAUUAAAAUUCUAGAAGAUAUUCAUAAAGAAGAAUGCCUACUUUAGAAUAAUCUGCUAUUUCAUUUUAAGAGCAAUCUGCUGUAUUUCACAAAUCUAAUAAAACAAAUAGAUCAGCAUCAACUAAUCUAUCAUAUUUUAAUACUUAAUCUCCCUAAAGAUUAUCUAAAUUUAAAGUUGAUAACAAUACAAGUAGAAUACAAGAUUAAGAAUUAACAAUUAAAUAACUCUAAACUAUUGUUACAGAACAAUAAGAAAAGUCUCUCAUAUAAAAUUAAGAAAUCUAAAUCUUGAAAGAUAAAAAUUUAUCAUUGAUAAGAUAAUUAGAAAUAAGUGAAAAAAAAUUCAUAAAAUUUUAAAAAUAAACUGAUUUAUUUAAAGAAAAUCUAGUAGAAAAAUUAAAAUCAUAUGCUUAAAAAUUAGAAGUAUUGAAUGAGAAUGAAGAAAAAAUCAUGAUGAUGCAAAAAGAGAAUGCUAGAUUAAAAUAAGAAAAAGAGGAGUUACUAUUUCUGAUGAAGAAUAACAAUAUAGGAACUAGAAAAUGA